GCGGGAAUAGACUGGGAGGCUAGCUGGCUUCCUCCUGGCCCCCGCGAGGGUGAGGGGAAGCGGAGGCGCUGGCUGGAGGCGGUGAACUGCAGGACAGACCAGCGGGAGCCCGAAGGCGGGGCGCAUCCGUUAAGCUCGGCCGGAGCUUUAUUUAAUGAAAAGUGCCAUAGACUGAAAAACCAAACAUGAGGGUAGCAGGAGCUGCAAAGUUGGUGGUAGCUGUGGCAGUAUUUUUACUGACAUUUUAUGUUAUUUCUCAAGUAUUUGAAAUAAAAAUGGAUGCAAGUUUAGGAAAUCUAUUUGCAAGGUCAGCAUUGGACACAGCUACACGUUCUACGAAGCCUCCCAGAUAUAAAUGUGGGAUCUCAAAAGCUUGCCCUGAGAAACAUUUUGCUUUUAAAAUGGCAAGUGGAGCAGCCAAUGUGGUGGGACCCAAAAUCUGUCUGGAAGACAGUGUGUUGAUGAGUGGUGUUAAGAAUAAUGUUGGAAGAGGGAUCAAUGUUGCCUUGGCCAAUGGCAAAACAGGAGAAGUAGUAGACACUAAAUAUUUUGACAUGUGGGGAGGAGAUGUGGCACCUUUUAUUGAGUUUUUGAAGGGCAUACAGGAUGGAACAAUAGUCUUAAUGGGAACAUAUGAUGAUGGAGCAACCAAGAAGAAAAACGAAUGGAGGAACUUUGGGGAGAAAAUGAGCAGCAUGUGUACACCAUUUCAUGUGAAGGUCUCAGAUCCUGCAGAUGCUAAGAUGACACUGAUUCUUUUUGCAAAGAGAUUCUUCAUUCACUUCAUAAUGAUAUAUCACCUCAUAGAGAUAUUGAAUGAUGAAGCACGGCGGCUCAUUGCUGAGUUGGGGAGCACAUCUAUUACUAAUCUUGGUUUUAGAGACAACUGGGUCUUCUGUGGUGGGAAGGGCAUUAAGACAAAAAGCCCUUUUGAACAGCACAUAAAGAACAACAAGGACACAAACAAAUAUGAAGGAUGGCCUGAAGUUGUAGAAAUGGAAGGAUGUAUCCCCCAGAAGCAAGACUGAUGGAAGCGCACUUUUACUAUUAAUGGGAGAGCUAUAAAGAAGAAACUACGUGUAAAUAUUUUAAUAGCAUGCAGCCAUCUCGGUGUGUGCAUGACCAUUCUCUUUUGAUAUCAGGAUUAUUUAUUGCUAACGUAAAUAGCUAUCUUUGUAAAUAGUCCUCACAAUGACCAAAUCACUAAACCAUUUUUAAGCACAUUUCCCUAAGAGCACAAUAUUUAGACUGCUAUGGUAACAACAUACUUUAAUUCUAAAAGUAUACUCAGUGGAUAACUGAGCAGAUUGUGAAACUACCGAUACAUAUACUGGUUGCUGUGAAAACCUGUCGUGAUUUUUAGAGAGGACAUUUUGUUUAUAUAGAGUGACAUAUAUCUGGCCUUGUGAUUAUAGUAUCUAUUAAAUUAAAGAGAGAUUUGACUAGUUGUAUGUGUAAUGUUACCUUACAGUCUGAUUCUCCUUAUGUACCUCUUUUCUUAGUCUUCUUUUUUCCUUUCCAGGAAACCAAGAAAUAAAAUAUUUGAUAUGAAAAUCUCAGAUUUCUGAAAAGCACAACAAAUUCUGUUCUUAAUGCACCCAGUAAAGAGUCAAUAUAUAAAUGUAGAUGGCAUUCAGGACCAUAGCUUCUGGAUUUUGUGUUAGCAAUGUGAAUAACUUGAUAUUGUAUAAGCUAUUUAGAGUAAAACUGGAGGUAGGAACUUCAACAACUGAGGAACCAGGCCAGAUCCCCUCCUCAACCUAAUUACAUCAUUCAGGCCAGCUAAGGCAGUAUACUUAAAGCAAUACAAGCAUAUAUUUUCCCUAUUUAUUAUCUGCAUUGACCAAGGGAUUUAGAAAAGGGCAUGCCUUAAUAUAAUAAUUAUGAUUUGGAAACCAAGAAAUUCUGUGUUUGCUUCAUCUAACUUCCUAAUGAUAAUUACUGCCUGAAGCUAUAGUGGCAUACUGUAUAAGUCCUAAUUACCAAUAGACUAAUGAUAUUUUAAAAAUAAUUUUAUUUGACCCAAAAUUACUUUAUGCCCAAUUUACAUAAAAGUAUAGCCAAUCUUUUUCCUUAACCUCAAAUGGUCUCUAAAUGAUUUGGUUUUAUUUUAAUUGCUUUAGGGCACUAAAUGUUGUCUAUGGAGUAUCUUACACUGGAACAUAAACACAUUUGAUGAUCAAACUGUCUUUCACAGUAUUAAGUCAGCAUUUAAAUUUGAAUCUAAAUUUUAGAUGAUUUAUAUAAAAAUCUCAAAGCAGUAUUUAUUUUCCUGUAAGUUGGAAGUUACUUGGAUAUUUCUUAAAUAUUAAUAAACUUUGGGGUUCUGUUUCUUCCCUCAACCUGAAUGUAAUUCAUAAGUAAAUGCACCUUAUAUGUUUAAACAAUUUUUUAUAAACUUUUUACAUUUUUGGUGCUUAUAUACUAAAUCACAUCUAACAUGUAUAUUUUGACGUUUAAAAUGCUUCCCUCAAUUCUGUAAAUUAAAAAAGAAUAGCUAUUUCACAGUUCUAGGGAUUGUAAAAUAAAUGUUGCAGUUUUUUUUAAUAAUGAAAAUAAAUAUUGGUUUUUUACAUUGUCAAAUUUUUGUAUUAUCUGGCAAAGUAAUAUGAAACUUGACAUUAAGGGUUUCUCCAAACAUUUGUUUUACUGCUUAACAUGAAAAAAGUAAGUCAUUUUUGUGGUUAAACUUGGUAAUAUCCUCUGGAUAUCUUUACGUGUAUAGAUUUUAAGUGUGUAAAUGGCAGGACAUCCCUUUGAUUUUAAAGACUGUAAAAAGAUGUUAUACAGGUGUAUAAAAUGUCAAAAGAAGGGAUAAAGAUUGGUAGCGUAACUGCUUUGAUACAGGUUUUGGUUUUUUUUCUGAAUUCUGUGUUGUAUAGAUUGUGCUAACUUUGGAAGCAAUAAUUUUACAUUUUAUUUUCAGAUCUCUUUUUAAAGUCAGCAUUAUAAAUGAAACAGUGGUCAUUUAAUGUUAAAAUCUUUCUUUAUUAAAACCAAAAGUUUAACAUCGA